GCAGAAAAAAAAGUCACAGAAAAGUACCGGUGUCAUGGAUAGUCUGGGUGGUUUCACGAGAACAACCAACCCUGGUUUUGGGGAAACUAAAGACUGAGUUGGUUCCACCCAGAUCCUACGGGAUAUGCGCUAUGGAAGAAUGGGAAUUUGGAAAUACCUUUAAUUUCAGAUGUGAGGAAUUUUCGUUACAACGGCAGUAACGUUAACUUCACUAUCUUGGACGAGUUAUGGCAGCUCCUCAGUUCAUCAAGUGCUAAACAACGAGUUACUCAUUUAACCUAAACGAAGUUUCUACAGUUGUACGGUCAGUUUCCUACUUGGACAGAAAGUCGGAAGUAUCCAUUUUAUUUGGAAGCAAGUGGACGUAAAUCCUGUCGUUGGGAAAGGGGGAUCUUUGGAUCUCCAAACAUUGUCAUGGCGGGGGUGACUCUCCAGAACACCUGUCUGCAUGGCCUGGCCGAGGAAGACGACAUCCUGGACCCGGCGUUCCAGCAGCGCCUGGACGACGCGCGGGCCCUGCUGCGCCAGGAGAUCCAGCGCGAGCUGAAGAUCAAGGAGGCGGCGGAGAGGCUGCGGCGCGCCGUGACCAACCGCAAGAGCGCCGCCGACGUGGACGGGCAGCUGCGGGCCUCCAGCCGCAAGCUGGAGCAGCUGCACUGGGAGCUGCAGGAGCUCAACGCCCGGGCCGUGGUCGUCACCGACAAGGAGAACGCCAGCACCAGUGAUGUGUCGUCCCCGGACCCGUGUCACUGGGCAGAGAUCACGUCCCCCAUGGCCGGACGCGUCCACGCCCUGCAGAAGCAGCUGACCAUCGAGACCAAAGUCAAGCAGGGGGCUGAGAACAUGAUCCAGACCUACCACAGCAGCUCCCACAAGGACCGCAAGAUGCUGUCCACGGCACAGCAGAUGCUGCAGGACAGCCGCACCAAGAUCGAGCUGCUCCGCAUGCAGAUCAUCAAAGUCACGCAGGCGCGAGAGGGGGAGCGGGAGGCGGCCGACCCCGAAGCGGACACCAUCAGUCCCCUGGAGCUGAGGGUGGAGGAGCUGAGACACCACCUGAAGAUCGAGGCCGCCGUGUCGGAAGGAGCCAAGAACGUCGUCAAGCAGCUCGGUGGGCGCAAGGUGCAGGAUCGACGGGCACUGGCUGAGGCCCAGGCACGUCUGCAGGAGUCAUCUCAGAAGCUGGACCUGCUGCGUCUCUCUCUGGAGCGGCGCCUGUCGGAGCUGCCGCAGGACCACGGCAAGCGGCCGGCCAUCAAGGAGGACCUGACCCUGGGCGCCUCCCCCUCCCUGGGCCUCCAGAAGGAGCGGCUCCACUCCACAGUCUCCUGCUCCUCCACCACCUCCUCCACUUCCACCACAUCCUCCACUUCCUCCACCACCUCCUCCUCCAACAUCUUCAAGCCUGCCUCCCUCACAGGGCGUUUAGAGGUGAGGCUGAUGGGCUGUCAGGAGCUGCUGGAGACGGUGCCUGGCCGCUGCCGGGUCUCCAGCCUGACGCAGGCGGUGCCCAGCCCCUCGGAGGCCAAGUCCCUCAAGAUCCGCGCCGGCCUGUCGGGCCGCAGCACCAACGGAAGGACGCUCAAGAACGACGAACUCUCCUUGGAGAUCAGUGCGAUGGUGAAGGUGGACAACCGCUUGGUGGGCCGCACACACUGGAGACCCAUCAGCAAGGAGUGCUGGGACCAGAGCUUCAGCAUCGAGCUGGAACGGUCUCGUGAGCUGGAGAUUGCGGUGUACUGGCGUGACUGGCGAGCGCUGUGUGCUGUCAAGUUCCUGCGGCUAGAGGACUUCCUGGAUAACCAGAGGCACGGCAUGUGUCUCUACCUGGAGCCCCAGGGGACGCUCUUCGCUGAGGUCACCUUCAUAAACCCGGUGAUUGAGCGCCACCCGAAGCUGCAGAGACAGAAGCGGAUCUUCCCCAAGGAGAAAGGGAAGAACUUCCUGCGUGCGGCCCAGAUGAACAUCAACUUUGCCACGUGGGGCCGUCUGAUGAUGAGCGUGCUGCCCCCCUGCAGCAGCAACAUCACCGCCCUCAGCCCCCCCAUCGCCCACCCCGACGCCACCUCCUCACCCGCACCCACAGACAAGACGGCCACCUCCACGCCACCACCCACAGGGGACUCUGCCGUGCUCAAGCUGAACUUCAGUGAGGAGCGACCGCCCAAACCGCCACGCCUCCACCUGGCCAAGACGCCGUCUGCAGACACACCGCUGAAUUCCAAAGAGGACUCCCAUGAGGAGAACCAUGUCCCUCCUGUCAGACCCACACCUGCUCCCAGGAAAAAGGCGGCAAUGCAGAUGGAAGACUUCAACUGCAUCUCAGUUUUGGGCCGGGGACAUUUUGGAAAGGUCCUCCUGGCGGAGUUCAAGAGGACGGGGAAGCUGUACGCCAUCAAAGCCCUGAAGAAGGGCGAUGUUGUAACGCGAGACGAGGUGGACAGCCUGAUGUGUGAGAAGAGGAUCUUCGAGACAAUCAACGAGUCGCACCACCCCUUCCUGGUCAACCUGCACGGCUGCUUCCAGACCUCGGACCACGUCUGCUUCGUCAUGGAGUACUCCCCCGGCGGAGACCUGAUGACGCACAUACACACCAACAUCUUCACCGAGCGACAGGCCCGGUUCUACACUGCCUGCGUGCUGCUGGGGCUGGAGUUCCUGCACCAUAAGAGAAUUGUUUAUCGGGACUUGAAGUUGGACAACCUUCUGAUGGACUCAGAUGGCUAUGUGAGAAUAGCCGACUUUGGCUUGUGUAAAGAAGGUAUGGACCAUGGUGAUCGCACGUCCACCUUCUGCGGCACGCCGGAGUUCCUGGCCCCCGAGGUGCUGACCGACAGCAACUACACGCGGGCCGUGGACUGGUGGGGCCUGGGUGUCCUCAUCUACGAGAUGCUAGUCGGAGAGUCUCCGUUCCCAGGCGAUGACGAGGAGGAGGUGUUUGACAGCAUCGUGAAUGACGACGUGCGCUACCCUCGCUUCCUCUCACCCGAGUCUGUCUCAAUCAUCCAGAAGCUGCUGCAGAAGAACCCUGAGAGGAGGCUGGGGGCAGGAGAGCAGGACGCUGAGGAGGUCAAGAAACAUCGCUUCUUCCAGGGUAUCGAUUGGGACGCUCUGCUGGCCAAGAAGGUGAAGCCUCCGUUCCUGCCCAGCAUCAAGGGCUCUGCUGACGUCAGUAACUUCGACGAGGAGUUCACGCGCCUCAAGCCGGUGCUGACCCCGCCCCAGACGCCCAUCUUCCUCACCGCCGAGCAGCAGCACAUCUUCGCUGACUUCGACUUCUCAGCACUGCACUGAAGGCUCAGGACUAGUUACACACCCCUCUCUUUCUCUGUCUGUCUCUCUCUCUCUCUCUCUCUCU